AGAAGACGUUGAUGUUUUGAGCAACAAGAACAAGAUGGCCGAUGCGCCCGAGGUGGCUGGCGGCGGCGCCCGCGCUCUUUUCGAGUCUUGCGUGAACUCCCGCCAGUGCCGCCGCAGCAACCCCCUGUUGCGCUGCGUGGACUCCGUGUGCCUGUGUCCGAGGCCUCACGUGCUCACGCCGGACGCUCGAUGCUCAGCACCGCCCCGAGGCGGCAGCGAUGCUCCCGGCCUGCUCACUGUACUGUUCGCCGCGGCACCGACCGCUGCGUUGGUGCUGACGCUUCUCGCGCUGGGCGCGCUGUACGGCUGCCACAGGUGGAAGCGGUGCUCACAGCGGAGCUCCCCGUCAUCUACGCUGACCGGGGCCGCGGACACUCCAGGAGACCAGCAGUCGCCGCCGCAGCAGCCGCUGGUGCACCCCGAGAGCCGCGUGAACCAGCGCUUCCUUCGCAGCUUCAUGGCGUGCCACGAGUACAACCGCGCUAGGAGGCUAGGGCUACCCCUGCCCACCGAGGGCGAGCGGCGACCUCUCUCCACGACGAUGUGCCUCUUCCGCGAAUACACCACCGUGUCAUCAGCCACCACGUUGGCACCCGACGCAUCUGGGGAGCGCAGUGAACGGGCGGCCGCAGCGCAGCGAUUGUGGACGAGUGCCGGUCGCUCGGAUGGCGACGCAGGGUCGCCGACGCGAUCGCGCCCACCGUGGUCGUACGAGGCAACGGCGGAUGACCACCCCGGCUGAAGGCAUGGUGGUGCUCGUUAUUAAAAUACGAUAUUGAUUUCGGACAA